AUGGAUACAUUAAUCUGCGAAAAUAAAGUGCAUGCACGCCUGAUCAACAAUGCACUUCUCAACUUUAAAAAAUUGGGGAAGCCGAAUCACACGCCUGCAGUGAUUCGCAGCCGGAUCAACCUGCUCAAGGAUUACUGGGCCAAAUUCCAAUCAACGCAAGUCCAGAUCGAGGUUGCAGCAACGGAGGAGGACACCAGGGCGAAUCCCUACUUCUCCAGCGACGUCUUCGGGAAUACGGAAGCAGCUUUCCUUGCCGCCCUCGACGCUAUGACGGCAGCCUUACCGACGGACUCCGAACCUUGUUUAGUUGGCUCUAACGACGCGUUACCGGAGGUGCAAAAGUUGCACUAUCUUAAAUUAAGCUUAAUUGGUGAAACGUCUCUUCUAUUAAAGAACGUUUCCACUUCCGCGGCGAAUUACGAGGCAGCGUGGAAACUAUUGACCGACAGGUACGCGAACGAACGCGCGCUCAUAACCGCUCACCUGAAAAUGUUGUUCGACUCACCCCCGAUCGGAUCCGCUGUUUUAAGCGAUUUAAAAAGUUUACGCGAUAGUUCUCGCGCCGCAUUAUCGGCCUUAAAAAACAUGGCUCGUCCAGUCGAAUACUGGGACGAUGUUCUUGUUUUUCACUUUGUCCGCAAGUUGGACAAGGAGUCCCAUCGGGAGUGGGAGUUGCGCAUGGGUGAAGAGGAAUUGUUCCCAUCCCUCGCGGAUUGGAAGGCGUUCCUCAAUGUGCGAAUUCGAACUCUGGAAUCGUUGGCGUCAUCCCGCGGAGAAGGAAACAGCGCCUAUAAAAAUAAAUCAGCGCCUAUUAAAAACGUGAAAGCGCAUUUAAACGCGUCGGAAACGAAAUGCGUUGCGUGCGGCGCCGACCACGCUUUGUUUAAAUGUGACGUGUUCCGUGGGCAAUCCGUCGAACAACGAUUAUCACUCGCGCGCGAACAUCAUCGAUGUUUUAAUUGUUUACAAAAAGGACAUCUCCCGGCAGUCUGUCCUAGCAAACGCGCUUGUUCGAUAUGUAAAGGUAGACAUCACUCUCUUUUGCAUUCUGAGCGAAAGGGUUUGAAGACGUCGUUCGUACGCAAAGGUCGCGAAUCGACCUCUCACGCGGAUUUAGAAUCAAGUCAACAUUCGGCGCAACCUACACACGUAGCGGAUGACAAUAUGGAAGACACGCCGAUGUCGACUUCGGUAAACACGCACUUCGCUACGUCGCGUCAAGAAAAAAAGGUCAUUCUCGCUACAGCUUGGAUCAAAGCUGGUACUCGCGAAGGCCGACAAGCGACAUUACGCGCUUUAAUUGAUCCUGGGUCGGAAGCAACGUUCAUUCACACCUUGAGUAGGUGGAAACACUUACGUGAUCUUGAGUGGGCCGAUCCUCUCACUAAUAAUAAUGCGCCCGUGGACCUCAUAAUCGGCGCGGAUAAUUAUGGCGCGAUCUUGCUCGACGGCCUUCGAAAAGGCCUUCCAUCCGAACCCGUCGCGCAGAAAACGAUUUUCGGGUGGGUGUUGACUGGUCCCGCUCGGUCCGUUGAGUCUCACGCAAUGCAACUCCACGUACAUUACGGCGACAUUAACGCUGAAAUAAACAACACGUUAAGGAAGUUUUGGGAGGUGGAAGCGCCUCCACCGGUAACGUUCCUCUCCGAAGAGGACAAAAAAUGUGAAGAACAUUUUCGGCAGACUCACUCGCGUAAACCCGACGGCAAAUACGUAGCGCGAUUGCCGUUUAAAUCAGAGUCUCCCAUCGAUAUAGGGGCUUCGAAAGGAAUCGCGGUCGCCUCUUUUUAUAGAUUGGAAAAACGGCUCGCCAAAGACGCGGAACAAGCUACGGCUUAUCACUCCUUUCUGGUGGAAUACCUGCAGCUCGGUCAUAUGCGGGAAUUUCUUGAAACAGACCCUCCGUCUGAGCAAAAGGUCAUCCGUGAAGACAGCAGUACGACAAAAUUGAGAGUGGUUUUUAACGCGUCGAUGCCUACGUCAAACGGGUCUACGCUAAACGAUCAUUUACUGGUUGGUCCGAAAUUGCAAGCUGACCUCGCGGUCACGAUUUUACGAUGGCGCAUGUAUCAGUUCGUGUUCGCGGCAGAUAUCGCAAAAAUGUUCCGGCAAAUCUGGAUUGACCAUCGCGACACCGCCUACCAGCUGAUAGUUUGGCGCGCUAAACCCGAAGAUCAGCUGAAAACAUAUGAACUGCUUACUGUGACAUACGGGACGGCCCCAGCACCUUUCCUCGCGAAUCGGGUCAUCAAACAACUCGCGCUGGAUGAGGGGACUAAUUUCCCUCUCGCGGCUCCUAUCCUGAAUGAGCACCUCUACGUUGACGACGCGCUUUUCGGGGUCAAUGAUCGAGUGUUGGCUCGUCAAACACGGCAGCAGGUAACGGAUGCCCUCAGACACGAAGGUCUCCACCUAAGAAAGUAG